GUGCGAAGUCAUUCGGCUCUAUCAUAUUGUCUCCUCAAAACUUCUUUGCAUAUCUUCAGGGGGAGAUACGUUUUGAGUUAUACUUGAUAUUCAUGCAGAUCUCCUCCGAUAAAGGUGUAUUUAAGCGCUCACCUCUCACCUCAAGUCUUCCUUUAUCCUCCAUCGAUUUAUUCACCCAUCCUCUCACACUUCUAUGCGCAACCUCUAUCUUCAUCAUGGUGUGCCUCUCUACAGCCCCAGCUCUGCUUUUCGCUCUUCAAGCUCUGAUAAUUCCUGUUUUUGCCAUUACCUCCGGUCAAGAUAGUCAUGACAUUGUGGCAAGGCAAUCCGGCUGCAAUGACAACGAAUUCUAUCAUCGAUGGUAGAUGCUUUCCCAAGUUGCCCGAUGGAAGUGCGUGUGCCAAAGUCGAUAGACUAUGCUUAUCAGGAAAAUGCGAUGGAGAUAGUGCAAUAUGUGUUCAAAGGGACAGCAACUCUCAUGGCUCCUCUAACGAAGAACGUACUUCGAACCGUCGUCUCAAUUCGAAGCGCGCCAAACCCGCCUUAAUUUACAAGCCUUUGGGAGAGGCUUGUGAUAUCGACCAACAUAUCAUUUGCGACCUAGGUACCAUCUGUGAAAAGAACAUAUGUCGCUUUAUGGGCACCAACGCCUUCGUUGACUAUCUUGCCAAACUCGAUGCCAUACCGGAAGACACGCUUUCAGAAGCCCAGCGCGCGACAAACAAACUUUUCGGUCUUGACAAGUACAAUGUGGUGACAAAUGCAACGUGCACGAAUGCUCAAGGCUAUUCGCAAUGUAGCACUCGAUUUGCCUAUUGUGAUCGUUCGGAUGGAGAGGUCUGCCUCGCUAAGAAGCC